AUGGCAGUAAAAGGUUUAGGUCAAAUCGAUCAACAAUACGAUGGUUCAAAGUUAAGAAUCGGUAUUAUUCAUGCUCGUUGGAACCGUGUUAUCAUUGAUGCAUUAGUCAAAGGUGCUAUUGAAAGAAUGAGGGAAUUGGGUGUUAAGGAAGAAAAUAUUAUUGUUGAAACCGUUCCUGGCUCAUAUGAAUUACCGUGGGGCACUAAGAGAUUCGUGGACAGACAAAAGAAGAUGGGUGAACCGCUGGAUGCUGUUAUCCCAAUUGGUGUUUUAAUCAAGGGCUCCACUAUGCAUUUUGAAUACAUUUCCGAUUCCACCACACAUGCUUUAAUGAAGCUACAAAAUCAAGUUCAAUUACCUGUUAUUUUCGGUUUAUUAACUUGUCUAACAGAAGAGCAAGCAUUUGCUAGAGCAGGUAUCGAUGAAGGUCACACUAUGCAUAACCAUGGUGAAGAUUGGGGUGCCGCUGCAGUCGAAAUGUCUGUGAAAUUCGGCCCAAAUAAUGACUUUUGA